AAAACCCUGGAGGUAGAGGGAGGUGAGGGAGAAGCCGUAAAACCCCAAAACCGCCAUAUCACCUCAUUCUAUUUCUACAGUCUCUCUCUCGCUAUCCUCUCUGUCUUCUUCUUUAGCCAUGGCUACGGUUGCAUUUAGAAACCCUAAUUCCAAGCGAUUGCUGACCCUAUAUCCUCAAUUGUACUCAUGUUGUCGCGGAUCGGUCUCCUCCCAUUUCUCAGUCUCUGAAUUUCUCUCUCCAAAUGAGAGUGCAACACUCCCCAACCCAUGGUGGAGAUCCAUGGCCACCUUUACUAGAACAAAACCCCACGUUAAUGUAGGAACAAUUGGACAUGUUGAUCAUGGAAAGACAACACUGACUGCUGCAAUCACAAAGGUGUUGGCAGAAGAAGGGAAGGCCAAGGCUGUUGCGUUUGAUGAGAUCGAUAAGGCCCCUGAAGAGAAAAAGAGGGGAAUUACUAUUGCAACGGCACAUGUGGAGUAUGAGACUACUAAGAGGCACUAUGCUCAUGUAGAUUGCCCUGGUCAUGCAGAUUAUGUUAAAAACAUGAUUACGGGAGCUGCCCAGAUGGAUGGAGGGAUUUUGGUUGUAUCUGCCCCUGACGGGCCUAUGCCGCAGACAAAGGAACAUAUUCUACUUGCACGCCAGGUUGGUGUGCCAUCACUUGUGUGCUUUUUGAAUAAGGUUGAUGCUGUUGAUGAUCCAGAGUUGCUGGAACUUGUGGAAAUGGAGCUCCGAGAGCUUCUUAACUUCUACAAGUUUCCUGGGGAUGAAAUCCCCAUCAUCCGGGGUUCAGCUUUGUCUGCUUUACAAGGUACAAAUGAAGAAAUAGGGAAAAAAGCUAUUUUGAAACUCAUGGAUGCUGUUGACGAAUACAUUCCAGAUCCUGUACGCCAGCUUGACAAGCCUUUCUUAAUGCCAAUUGAAGAUGUUUUUUCGAUUCAGGGACGUGGAACUGUUGCUACUGGCCGUGUUGAACAAGGGACAAUUAAAGUUGGGGAGGAUGUUGAGAUUUUGGGGCUGAUGCAGGGUAAUCUAAAAUCUACAGUGACUGGUGUUGAGAUGUUCAAGAAAAUCUUGGAUUUUGGACAGGCUGGGGAUAAUGUCGGUCUUCUUCUACGUGGUUUAAAGCGGGACGAUAUACAGCGGGGACAGGUGAUUGCGAAGCCUGGUUCUGUGAAAACAUACAAGAGGUUUGAGGCGGAGAUAUAUGUCCUUACGAAAGAUGAAGGUGGACGCCACACUGCCUUCUUCUCAAACUACAGGCCUCAGUUCUACUUGCGAACUGCAGAUAUUACUGGUAAAGUGGAGUUGCCUGAAAAUGUUAAGAUGGUUAUGCCUGGAGACAAUGUGACUGCUGUUUUUGAGCUGAUUUCCCCAGUUCCACUUGAAUCAGGACAAAGAUUUGCCCUGAGAGAGGGAGGUAGAACAGUUGGUGCAGGGGUAGUUUCAAAAGUACUUAGCUGAGUUAUACUGGCAGGGGAUCUUUGAGCCAUAUGCAUUUUUGCAAAACGAGGUUGAGAAUCAAAAGACCUGAUCGUUGGAUAUUGGAAGUACAUGCCAUGUGUAAUUGUCAUGUCAUGGGUGCCGUUGGAUGCUACAUUUGUUCUUGGUAUUGUUAAGCUGAUAGCAAGUGGUAUUGAAAUCAAAUUUUCUGAAAAGAGAAUUCUUCACUUCUCUUUUGUAGUGCAUGAUUGGUCAAAAUAGUGUAAUUGUUUUUGAAAGUUUUUUUUGUAUCAUUGAUAAAUAAUUUUCCAGGCAGAGUCCUGGUUUUUAACUAGUCACUACAUGCUACCGGCACACAUUACCUGCGGUAAUUUUUGCUUGCUUCGUUAAGUGUUUGUCAUUUGUGUAGUGUUUGGAUUUGUAGUUAGUGUUUUCUAAUAAGUGAU